AUGGCGAGUUAUUUUGAUAUGAACAAAUUCAGCGUAGAACAGCUUAUGGCUCUCAAUAGUAUCAUAGAUAGUGACAACGAGAUCGAUGAAAGAGUAGAGGACAUCAUGGCUGACAAAAACUACAGGAUUGCACCUGAUGAUAAGGGCAAAGAUCCCUUUGAAGGAGAAAGACAAUUCGUAGAUGAAGUUGACCGUGAUAUGGAGGUAAAGAAACCAAGACGUCUUCCUUUAAACUAUAAGGGUAGAAGAGGAAUUAUGCCAACGUGGAAGUACUCUGACAGGCAAAAAGCAAAGGCCCUACUUGUAGAGGAGGCAUACCAAAGUUUACUAUCAAAGGGCGUUCAGGGAUUACCACCAACAAUGGGAGGCAGAUGGCGCACGGAUGAUCCUCAAGUAAACGAGGAAAUCAAGAGGAUUGAAAAUAAAAGGAAUCCUAAGAUAAAGCGUCCCAGAGGUAGACCACCGAAGGCAAAAACUGACUCCGAAGUUAAGGUUCCCAAAAAGAGAGGAAGACCUCCAAAGGCAAAGUCCGAUGCUGAAGCGAAGAUUCCUGGAAGGAGAGGUAGACCACAAAAGGUAAAGACUGACUAUGAAGUGAAGGUUCCUAAAAAGAGAGGUAGACCACCAAAGGCAAAGUCUGAUGCUAAGGUUAAAAGGCAAACUGUAGCAGAAAGAUUCCUGAGCCAGAGGAAGGUAAAACUCUCAGUGCCUGCUGAUAGUGUCAUAACCCCAACAGGUCCUGGUAAGUUUACAAUUCACGUGGAUCUUAAUAAGAGACCUGUGAGGAAAGCUCCUGAGGUACCCAAGGGUGUAGCUCCAUGGAGACCGAUACCUAAGCCCAGAACGGUACUUCCUAGGGAAAGACCUGUACCGAAACCGAGGACUAAGCUUCCUAGAGAAAGACCAGUUCCUAAGCCUAGAACCAUCAAAGUAGUGUCUCCCCCUAAGUUACGUAAGCCUGUAAGAGUGUCAAAGGAAGUUAAGAAACAACCACCAGUGAUCACACCAAGUGAAUAUGAAAUCGAUCCAUUUGGAACAGACCUUGAAAAGCCAUUCCACAGGAAAAUCGAAACAGCCGCAAAUGGAGCCGCUGUGACUUACUCGAUAACUCCUCAUUAUAUGGACCCUCUGGACCAGAUGACUGCAAGUAGACAGGUAGUGAGAGGAAUACUUGUGAACGAGUUGAAGAGAAUGGGUGGGUUGAAGUACACAGAGACUCUGAAGGUGAGAAUGUCAAAGGAAAUUGGUGACGGGAAAACCAAGAAGGACUCAGUCUACUUCAAAUCUAAGACUGGUACUGCAACUAACUUCGAGGAUAUUGAAAGUACUGCUGCUCAAAACCAACUGACAAUAUUGUCUAGAAUUGAAACCUUCCAAAACUUAGGUUCAAACUGGAUUAUACUCAAUAUUGAGAGUCAUUACGUAAACAUUGCAAUGUAUAAACCAUUAAGGGGUAGUUCAUAUAUGAAACUUCCAGGGGACAUUAGUAAUCCAAAGUGCGGGCUCAUCAAUAUGAAGAACAACGACAACCUGUGUUUUGUGUGGAGUCAUGUAAGACAUCUGAGACCAAAAGCCAGGAGAGCAACCACUAUCACACAGAAAGAUAGGGAAUUCAUAACGAACCUGGACUACGAAGGUAUAGACUUCCCCGUGAAGAUAAGUGACAUCGAUAAAAUUGAGAGGAAAAAUAGUAUCAACAUAUCGGUGUUCGGUUACAAGGGUAAGAAACAGUUCUACCCCAUAAGGAACUCAAAGGCUAAACAUGAUGAGCAUAUGGAGCUUCUACUCCUGGGUGAUAGUGAAGGUAGUAGACAUUACGUUCUCAUAAAGGAUGUAAACAGGAUGCUCUUCAGCGUAAGUAAACAUACAAAUAAGAAGCACUUCUGUCUACACUGUCUUCAUAGUUGUGUGAGCAAAGAGGUACUGGAGAAGCAUAAGGAAACAUGUCUGGAGGUAAAUGGAACUCAGGCCGUAAAUCUUCCAAAGGAAGGGACAAAAAUCAAGUUCAAAAAUCACAGGAACUCAAUGCCAGUACCGUUUGUGAUAUACGCUGAUUUUGAGUCAAUACUAGUACCAGAGGAGAGAAAAGUGGAGUCAGAAAACCCUGAGGAUAAAAGUAGUACAGACCUUUACCAGACACACAAGGCUUGUAGUUUUGGUUUGAAGACUGUCUGCCACUAUGAUGAUAAGUACUCCGGUGAGUAUAAGAGUUACGUUGGAGAGGAUGCUGCACUGGUCUUCCUAAAGACUGUAUUAAUAGAGUCCUUCAGAUGUAGAGAAAUGGUUAACAAUAUAUUCAAGAAAAAGAUGGUAAUUACACCUGAACAGGAAUUCGAAUUCCAGGCUGCAAGAAACUGCUCAAUAUGUGGUAACGAUCUUGGUGAGGAUAGAGUAAGAGACCAUGAUCAUGUAACUGGACUGUAUCGUGGAGCUGCUCAUAAUAUAUGCAACCUAAAGUACAGAAUUUCAUGGAAAGUGCCUGUGGUCUUCCAUAAUCUGAGAGGUUACGAUAGUCAUCUAAUUAUGCAGGAAAUUGGUAAGUUCAAUAUGAAUGUUAAUGUUAUCCCAAAUAAUAUGGAAAAAUAUAUUUCAUUCUCACUAGGUAAAAUCUGGUCUUCAUAGACUCUAUACAGUUUAUGGCUUCUUCACUGGAAGCAUUGGUGAGUAACCUUUCACCUGAGGACUUCAGGAUAGUAGGUAAGAGGUGGAAGGGUAAGGACUUCAAUCUAGUGACACAAAAAGGAGUGUUCCCUUAUGAGUUCCUCGAUAACAUUAGCAAGCUUGAUACUGAAGGUCUACCGAGUAAGGAUAAGUUCUACUCAUCACUGUAUGAGUCAGAGGUGAAGGAAGAAGAUUACCAAAGAGCUCAAAAAGUGUGGGAUCACUUUAAGAUGAAAACCCUGAGAGACUACCACGAUCUCUACCUGGAGACUGACGUUCUUUUGCUGGCUGAUGUGUUUGAAAACUUCAGGAGAACAUGUCUGGAAAGUUAUGAACUUGACCCCGCACAUUACAUGUCAGCACCUGGUCUAAGUUGGGACGCUUUCCUGAAAAAGUCAGGUGAAGAAAUAGAACUUGUAAGUGAUAUGGAUAUGUUUCAGUUCUUCGAGAAGGGUAUGAGAGGUGGUACAAGUUAUAUUGCUCAUAGACACUCCACAGCUAAUAAUAAGUACAUGGAGACGUAUGAUGAGUCGUCUGAGAACAAGUACUUGAUGUACCUCGAUGCUAAUAAUUUAUAUGGCUGGGCAAUGUCACAAUCACUCCCAAAUGGAGAGUUCAAGUGGGUUGAGGAAUUCGACGGUAUGAAUCUAGAUGAUUACCUUGAGGACAGCGAAAGAAGUAUGGUUUUAGAGGUUGACCUGGAAUAUCCACAAGAACUUCACGAUCUACAUAACGGUUAUCCUCUAGCACCGGAGAGUAAGGAAAUCAGUGCUUCUAUGUUGUCAGAUUAUGCGAAGAGUAUUGCUGAGAAAUUCCAACUGACAAUUGGAGGAGUAAGAAACCUAGUGACUUCACUUGGUCCCAGAAAGAAGUACGUCUUACAUGUACGUAAUCUGAAACUGUACACAGACCUUGGGAUGAAACUCACGAAAGUCCAUAGAGCGGUUACGUUCAAGCAGUCUCCCUGGCUUAAGGACUAUAUAGACUUUAAUACGAAGAAAAGGUCUGCAGCCCGUAAUACGUUCGAAAAGAACUUCUUCAAGUUGAUGAAUAAUUCGAUUUACGGAAAGACUAUGGAAAAUCUUAGGAAAAGAGUUGAUGUGAAAUUAGUGUCCUCCAAAGACGACCUCCUAAAACUGACAGCAUCACCGUGCUUCCAGUCACAUCGAAUUAUGAAUGAGAAUCUUAUAGUGGUAAAGCAAAUGAAAGAAGUUCUAACGCUAAAUAAACCGUGUUACGUAGGAAUGAGCAUCUUAGACUUAUCUAAGACUUUAAUGUAUGACUUUCACUACAACACCAUCAAGAAGGAGUACGGUAAUAGUUCAAGGUUACUGUUCACCGAUACUGACAGUCUAAUGUAUGAACUGAAAACGGAUGAUGUUUAUGAGGACUUUAAGAGAAUCGGUGAAAAGCAAGACUGUUGGGAUAAUUCGGAUUACCCAAAAGAUUCUCCAUACUACUCAACUCACAACAAGAAGGUUAUAGGUAAGUUUAAGGAUGAAGCUGAAGGAGUACCUAUAAUUGAGUUUGUUGGGUUGAGGUCAAAAAUGUAUUCCUAUGUAAAGGAAAACGGUGGAGGUGGAAUGACUGCUAAAGGAGUUAAAAAGUAUGUUAUCAGAAACAAGCUCACUCACGAGAACUUUAAGAAUGUAAUUAAUACGAAAGGUAGGAUGGGACAUAAUAUAAAUACAAUCAGAAGCGUAAAGCAUACAAUUGGAACUUACGAAUUGAAGAAGGUUACUCUUAGCUGUUUUGAUGAUAAAAGGUAUCUUUUGGAGGAUGGAGUUACCAGUUAUGCUCAUGGUAACAAGAAUAUAAAAAAUAGUGACUGAGAAGUUCCCACAGAGUAGAAAGUAAUAAUCCUAAAGGGUAAAUAAGCAGGAAGGGCCCCCUGCCUUGUGUACCCCCAAGGAGGAAAUAAAAGAUGUUGAAAAGGCUUUGGAAUAGGAAGGUUGGACGAUAUUGGGAAAGUGUAGGAUAAUCGUACUAGAGUCUCAGCUGAGAUAAGUUAAAUGAAAAAUAAGAAUAGCAGUUUCACAUUCUAAUAAAUGUACCAAUCAUUAAUUUUAAUAUAAUAAAAAUAAAUUCUUUUAAAUAAAGAUAAAAAACUAGUGGUCUAGAAAAAUUGGGAAUGGUCUAGAAACCUCAGUUCCUAUACUACUUUUCUGCAGAUCGAUAUUCCUCCAGUCGGUAUACUUUAAUAUUACACAUUCGAUUGGCUUCACUGUCUUGGGUGUUUUUUUGGCCCCCAUUCUUUUAAUUUAAUGUUAAUUUAGGAAGAUAAGAAAAUCCAUCAUCCGUCAUCACACGCACGAGUUCCACAAUUCACAAAUUCUGCGAUACGAAGCAGGUUUUUAUUUCGCUAUUCAGCUAGUUCUAAGAAUAGGUUGUUGCAAUACUACUUGUCGAUAAUAUACUACCACAAAGGCGACACUUGCAUUCCGAAAACAAAGCGGAUUUCGGGUAAAUAAUCUUUGGAGUUUCCUUUCGCUGUGCCAUAGCUUGAGAGCUACUGUAUACUGUACUUUGACUUUGUAUAAGUGUGCAUUCGACCUUUAUUUUCUUUGCGUUGAUAAAUAAUGGCUCCACUUCAAGGUGUAAAACAGACCUCCAGCCAUGCAAAUUAUAUCAAGUAGGUGUAAAAAGCUUUCAAGCGCCAGGCGGUGACAUAUUUCAUAAAAGAUAACACAAAAACCGACAAAAUCCAAAAUAUGGAUGAAUACAGAGCGUAAAUGGCCGUAUUUUCCAUUUAGUCUAGGACCUGUAUAUGAGUUUGUAUGCGUUUCAUUUAGCACAGGUAAUCUCAACUGGUUUAGGGUAAAAUGACCAUGGCGGUCAACAUGGCAUAUGUGCCAAAAGCUGAAUCCGGGACGAAAGUCCUGAAAAUGACCCCGCCCUGAAACGGCAGUGUCGACAUAGCUCUAACUUCAGCAAACAAAAAGCGAUAGUCUUUCUGAAGUGCUUAUAGUGUUUGGAAGGGUUGCUUUUAGGGGUGGUCAUUGGAAGAAAAAUUUGUCCAAGUAUAAUAUUUUACAAGAAAAUGACCAUGCACCACCCCAGGUAAAUUGCUGAUUAUGCAUAAAAUAACUAAUAUGCCAGGCAGAAAUUAAAUAUUCUUAUUUCCUAAAAAAAAUUAUCGUGGGGUUAAAAACUAUGCUUAAUUUAAUAUAAAUAUUGUUGAUUUCAUAAGGAUUGUCAUUGUUUUCUUUAAAUAUAAUAAAUUUUAUUUCACUUACCCCCCACGAAAACGCGAUUUCAGCCAUAUUUUGCUUGUCUUGUUUGCUUUUUAUCGCCGAAUCACGCAAAUAUCAUCCAGUUAUUGUACUUUUACAUAAUCAUAAAUGGCUGAAGAAGAUUUCAAAGAAGGUUUCAUCCACUUUUGAAACAGUGCAGUGUAUUUUAUCUUCGAUAAUGUGUCCUUCGAUAUCUCGUCAAAUUGCCGCCAUUUUAAUGGCUCGCCGCUUCUCUGCCCGAUAAAUGCCACUUCUUCGUUUUCAUAUGUAUUUAGAUUACAUUAUCCAAGAGUACUUCAUUGUAGAAUAGUCCCAAUCCAAAAAUUGGAAAUAUUAUUUGUACUUGGGAGGAAAAAACCUCCCAGUACAAUUGUCCUGUUAGAAUUCAAAAGAAAUAAUUUAAAAGUCACGCGCAAGUUCGCGAAAACACCACGUGGGUUACAUAACAGGGGGGGUGAAUAUUUUCACGAAACGUUUGUUCGCCACCACAGCAACCUAACUAGUAACUAAAUGUAUUAUAUUUUUUGUAUUUUUAUAAUUGAUGAUAAAUAUACACAAAUAUUUAUUGUUUUUAUCAAAAAUCACAAAUAUACAAUAAAUAUAAUGUACCUAACUUAGGUUGCUGUGGCCUGUGGUGGCGAACAAACGUUUCGUGAAAAUAUUCACCCCCCCUGUUAUGUAACCCACGAGGUGUUCUCGCGAACUUGCGCGUGACUUUUAAAUUAAUACUUUUGAAUUCUAACAGGACAAUUGUACUGGGAGGUUUUUCCUCCCAAGUACAAAUAAUAUUUCCAAUUUUUGGAUUGGGACUAUUCUACAAUGAAGUACUCUUGGAUAAUGUAAUCUAAAUACAUAUGAAAACGAAGAAGUGGCAUUUAUCGGGCAGAUAAGCGGCGAGCCAUUAAAAUGGCGGCAAUUUGACGAGAUAUUGAAGGACACAUCGAAGAUAAAAUACACUGCACUGUUUCAAAAGUGGAUGAAACUUUCUUUGAAAUCUUUUUCAGCCAUUUAUGAUUAUGUAAAAGUACAAUAACUGGAUGAUAUUUGCGUGAUUCGGCGAUAAAAAAGCAAACAAGACAGCAAAAUAUGGCUGAAAUCGCGUUUUCGUGGGGGGUAAGUGAAAUAAAAUUUAUUAUAUUUAAAGAAAACAAUGACAAUCCUUAUGAAAUCAACAAUAUUUACAUUAAAUUAAGCAUAGUUUUUAACCCCAUGAUAUUUUUUUUUAGGAAAUAAGAAUAUUUAAUUUCUGCCAGGCAUAUUAGUUAUUUUAUGCAUAAUCAGCAAUUUACCUGGGGUGGUGCAUGGUCAUUUUCUUGUAAAAUAUUAUACUUGGAAAAAUUUUUCUUCCAAUGACCACCCCUAAAAGCAACCCUUCCAAACACUAUAAGCACUUCAGAAAGACUAUCGCUUUUUGUUUUCUGAAGUUAGAGCUAUGUCGACACUGCCGUUUCAGGGCGGGGUCAUUUUCAGGACUUUCGUCCCGGAUUCAGCCUUUGGCACAUAUGCCAUGUUGACCGCCAUGGUCAUUUUACCCUAAAACAGUUGAGAUUACCUGUGCUAAAUGAAACGCAUACAAACUCAUAUACAGGUCCUAGACUAUAAACACAAUGGCAAGCGAACGGCACUAAAAACGCGCGAUAUGAUUGGAGUAGACAUGUGCAAAAAUAUACAACAGUUAUACCAAGUCCAUGUUCCUGUUGGAUCACGUAAGAACUUUCCAAAUUAAUCCUGUUCUUUAAAAGUUAUUUGCAAAAUAAAAUUGGUAUAUUGCCCUUGCACAGGAUUGCCGCGUAGGUCAUUCUAAUUAAGUAAAAUUUCUUCUGUGCAAAAAUUUCUUGUACAUUUUUCAUUAGCAGGGAGGGUGAAAUAUUUUCUCCAGACCCUUCUAAGUGUCGGGUUGGGAACUGUUUGAAUUUCAGUUGACUUCAACUAAACCUUCAUUCGCCUAUUGAGCGAUAUGUGUAAAAUGUAUAUAAGCGAUGAAUAUAAGUAAGAGACUGUGACUGCUCAUCCUCCUGAUUUUCAUAUUUAUGUUCUAUAAUACUGUACGUUGAAGUCGAUUGUUUAAAUGGUAGUAUAAUAAAAUUGCAACAAACAUAGUCCAUGGGCCGGUUGUUCAAAGCUCGAUUAGCACUGACCCAGCAUGGGUUAAGUUUUAACCCGCUGUUUUGAGGGUAUUUCUGUAAGACCGUUCAUUUCAAAAGUUUGAAAAAAAAACAUCUACUGAUCCAAAAAAGAUUUCUGGAAAACCUAUUUAAUUUUAUAAACAAGCUGUUGGAAAGUUCUAUUUGGACCCAGGGUUAGAACAACCGGCUUUUGAUGACAACUGGCGCCAGAAUAUAGAAUGAAGCAAAGUGUGCGCGUGCGCGUAUCGGGUUGUGUGUAGGGCUGGGAGAAACGUGGUAACUUGAUUACAUCAUUUUCGGUUUGUAAGGUUGAUUACAAGAUUUGUAAGGUUGCUGUGGAAAUAAGGUUUUUAAAUCAGAAUUGAUAUGAUCAUAUAUAAAGCCUCAAUAUAACAGUUCACAUUUUUUUUGCAAUGUAGAACACGUAAAACAUUAAAAGAAAUGGUCAACUCUGUGCGUGACCUGUCGUCUUUUGUUGUUGGCAAUGCGCUAGAAUCAAGAUAUUUUCUAUAUUUAUGA